UCCCCUUGGCCAAACAAACAAAGCCUCAAGAUCCUUUCUCACUGAUUUUCAUUUACAAAAUAUAUGAUUAUAAAUUAAAAAAUAAAAUGCAGCUCCAAAUCUGAUCAUCGUCAUCAACCCUCAAAGCCCACCCCUUCAGAUUUUUCCAUUAUCUCUUCGAUCUCUUUCUCAAAUUCAAUCCGAUUUGGAUCCCCAAAAAGGAGAAAAAAAUAGAAAGCCAUCCAUCAUCAUUUUCACGAACUCGGAAUUUUAUUUUAUUUUAUUGUUAAAUCCGAUUGAAUCGGUUAUUAUUUUGGAUCGGCAAAAAAAACACGGAAUUGAAGGGCGGGGAUGGAAAGAUUGGUAAAUAACUGUAAAUCAAAGAGAAUUUAAGAAAUCAAAGGAUGCCAGGAUUAGCGCAAAGAAAUGAGCAAUAUAGUAGUGCCUCAUUUGGGUUUUGGUCUAAGCAUCGCGAUGAUGUUAGCUACAAUCAACUUCAGAAGUUCUGGAGUGAGCUCCCGUUACAAGCUCGGCAGGAGCUUCUUAGAAUUGACAAACAAACCCUUUUUGAGCAAGCUCGCAAGAACAUGUACUGCUCUAGAUGUAAUGGGCUACUGCUUGAAGGUUUUUUGCAAAUUGUUAUGUAUGGAAAAUCCUUGCAGCAGGAGGGAGUAGCUGGUAGCCUUCAUUACAAUAAGCCAGGACUCUCAAAAAGUCCAAGUGAUGGAGGAUUGAGUAUGCCAGAUGGGUCACAAGAUGAAAUUCAAAAUCCCUCCGUGCAUCCUUGGGGAGGUUUGACCACAAGUCGUGAUGGUUCACUGACACUUAUUGAUUGCUAUUUGUGCUCAAAGUCACUCAAGGGUCUCCAAAAUGUUUUUGACAGUGCAUGUGCAAGAGAGCGGGAGCGUGAAUUGCUUUAUCCUGAUGCUUGUGGUGGGGGAGGUCGGGGUUGGAUUAGCCAAGGAAUUCCCAGUUAUGGAAGAGGACAUGGAACAAGAGAAACAUGUGCUCUACACACUGCCAGGCUUUCUUGCGACACCUUGGUGGAUUUCUGGUCAGCUCUUGGAGAAGAAACUCGGCAAUCUCUUUUAAGAAUGAAGGAAGAAGAUUUCAUUGAGAGGCUCAUGUACAGGUUUGACAGCAAGAGAUUUUGCAGAGAUUGCAGAAGAAACGUUAUCCGUGAGUUCAAGGAGCUGAAGGAGCUAAAACGCAUGCGUAGAGAACCUCGAUGCACUAGUUGGUUUUGUGUUGCAGAUACAGCCUUUCUGUAUGAGGUAUCUGAUGACAGUGUCCAGGCUGAUUGGCGUCAAACUUUUGCUGACACAGUUGGAACUUAUCACCACUUUGAGUGGGCAGUUGGAACUGGGGAAGGAAAAUCAGAUAUCAUGGAAUUUGAAAAUGUUGGCAUGAAUGGGACUGUUCAAGUCAAUGGCUUGGAUCUUGGUGGCUUGAGUAUAUGUUACAUCACUCUAAGGGCCUGCAAAUUGGAUGGCCGCUGCUCUGAGAUUUCUGUAAAAGCCCAUGCAUUGAAAGGCCAACAAUGUGUGCAUUGCAGGCUUGUAGUUGGAGACGGUUAUGUUACAAUCACUAGGGGCGAAAGUAUUAGAAUCUUUUUUGAGCAUGCUGAAGAGGCAGAGGAAGAAGAGGAUGAUGAUUCCAUGGACAAGGAUGGAAAUGAGCUCGAUGGAGAAUGCUCCCGUCCACAAAAGCAUGCGAAGAGUCCUGAACUUGCUCGAGAGUUUCUUCUUGAUGCAGCAACUGUUAUAUUUAAGGAACAGGUUGAAAAGGCUUUUAGGGAAGGAACCGCUCGCCAGAAUGCACAUAGUAUCUUUGUUAGUCUUGCUGUUAAGCUGUUGGAAGAACGCGUUUAUGUUGCAUGCAAGGAAAUUAUUACUUUAGAAAAGCAGAUGAAGCUUCUUGAAGAAGAAGAGAAGGAAAAGCGUGAAGAGGAAGAACGCAAGGAGAGGAAAAGAACAAAAGAACGGGAGAAAAAGCUCAGGAGAAAGGAGAGACUGAAAGGAAAAGAAAGAGAGAAAGAAAAAAAAUGUGCUGAAAGUACUACUGUUUUUCCUGAUGUUGCAAAGGAAGAAUCUUCACUAACUCAUGAGGUUGAAGAAAAUAUUGUUAUUAAUUGCAGAGACUCCGUGAGUGACACAGGUGAUAUUAUUGUGUCAAGACCUGGUUCUCCAGAUGUUCAAGAUGAACAGUUUUUAGAUGGGCACUCCACCUCAAGUUUGCAAAAUCACUCUUCUGAUAGUCCUGAUGCAGAAGGUACAAAGGUAAAAGAUGGAAAUGGCUCUUUUAUAAUGGAGCAAUCAAAAUUUUCCCGUCGGAGAUUGAAAUUUCGCAAGGAUGGUCAAUUUGAUCCGUCUAUGAAAUGGUGUGAUCGACGCCGGUUUGCUGUUGUUUCAGAAAGCACUCCUGUUAAUAGAUCUGAGCCACGGCAUCAAAGUGAAAACUUCGAGGCUCCUUCGAGGAACAUCAAUGGAUCAAAUAGGCAGUUAAGGAUAACCAAUGUGAAAUCCAAUGGUCGGAAUUGUGGUGUUAAGUACACUGAGAAGUAUCAGUGUUCCAAUGGCCGGAGUGACAGAUAUGACAUUUGCUGCUGCGGCGAACACAAUGAAUACAGAACCAAUAUUGAGCCACAUGUGUCUGCAACUAGAGUAGGUCGAGAGCCCAAAUCUGUGAGCAAGGCUGAAUCUAAAUUGGCUAUGCCCAAGCAACUCUAUUGUGGUAACAAGUAUAAUCAACAAGUUUACAUGCGUGAAGAUCAUGGAAAGCUGAAGCUUAAAAUUAUUGCAGGAAACAAUCCUUCUGGUCGAGAUUCACUUUACUCCAAGAAAGUUUGGGAGCCCACAGAAGUCCAUAAAAAGUACCCCCGGAGCAACUCUGAUACAGAUAUUGCUUUGAGGUCUUCUACUUACAUUGAAGGAGCUGGGCCUGAUGACAACUUUGUUAAGUCAUCUAGUGAGAUGCGCUCAAGUGAAGCUAGUGUAAAUUUGGGUGAAAUUGAUCAUGAGCAUAGCAAUGUUAACAGAUCAAGAAACUCCAACCUUGCAACAGAUAAGGACUGUCAUGCGGAAACACAGGAUCAAUGUUCUUCACUGAAUGCUGCUUAUGAGGAAGUCAGAAUUUGUCCUAAUAGAAACCUUACUUUGAACGGAAUUCCUCAUUCUACGAUGAGUAGCACUUCUAAUUCUGAUAACUGCUCCUCAUGCCUUAGCGAAGGAGAUAGCAAUACCUCUGCUUCAAAUCAUGGAAAUCUGGAAUCUUCAUCAACGUCAGAUUCUGAAGAUGCCUGUCAACAAUCAGAUAGGAGAGAUGCAUCAAUCUGCAUUGAAAAUGGAUUCUCUGAGUGUCAAGUGAAAGGAAUGGAUAAAAAACAGGAUGCCGAUGGAGGGGUUGCUUUGGAAAGGCAGGCAUUGUUUGGACAUCAACCUGAUGGUACAGGGAACAAAGCUCCAGGAAAUCUGCCAACAAAAACUGCUGAAAAUUCUGAUAAUGGAAAGCCAACUGCCUUUAUGGGUUCUCAACAUCAAGGCAUGUUUACAUCGGUGCAUAACCAACAUAUACAAUUUCCAGUGUAUCCAACUCCUUCAACCAUGGGUUACUACCAUCAGAGUCCUGUAUCUUGGCCAGCAACUCCAGCUAAUGGUUUAGUGCCUUUCCCUCCAAACCCAUAUCUUUAUACUGGCCCUCUUGGCUAUGGUCUAAACGGAAACUCACAUUUAUGUAUGCCAUAUGGUGCUCUGCAGCAUUUAGCUGCUCCCCCAUUUAACCCUGAUCCUGUUCCAGUUUAUCAGCCAGUUUCAGAAGCCAAUGGCUUGUAUGCGGAGGAGCGAACUCUGAUUCCGAAGCCUGGUAGAACAAGUGAAGCUUUCACUGAAUUUAGUGCAGAGAGGGUUGUCCCUGGAAGGCUGCAUGCAACAGAAAAAACGGCAAUUGGAGAAGUUUGGCAAAAUGAUGUCUCUGUGAAAUCAAAUGCGGAUGAUUCUAGCUUUUCUUUGUUCCAUUUUGGCGGGCCUGUGGCUCUUUCAACAGGAUGCAAAACUAGUCCUGUCCCUUUGAAAGAUGAGAUUGUGGAAGAACUUUCUUCCCAGUUUUCAGCAGAUCAUGUUGAAAAUGGUCAUGGUUGCAAUAAAAAAGAGUCUACAAUUGAACAGUACAAUUUGUUUGCAGCGAGUAACGGGUUAAGGUUUUCGUUUUUCUGAUAUAUUGGCUAGGUAUAGGUGACUGCUUGGCAAUUCAGUCCCUACCUUCUUUCCCAGAAUAUGGAAGUCUGAGAGUACUUUAUAAUUGGGUAUACAAUAAUCUUACUAUGAAAGAAAAUCCAAGUUUAGCUUAUAGUUUUUCAUUAGAUUGUUUACCCCCUUCGUGUCAUUGUUUUUAUUGCAUGUAGAGAAAGAAAGAGAAGUUGCGAGUGUCAUAUAAUGUUUGAAGGCUUUCAGUAUGAGAUCAGGGGUUUUUCCCCUUUUAUUA